AUGGAAUAUACAUCGUCAGUAGCAAAUGAUCAUCCUUCUGAUCAAGUACAAGAAGAGUCUGAUACAUUUACAGAGCUGCACGGUAAGGCAAACAACUCUGAAAUCCCACCAGCCAAAGAAGCAGAAAAUGAUCUAGGACUAGAUUCAAAACUGGCCUAUGACGAGCAUACAACUAUAAAAGUUGAAAUUGCAGAUGACAUCAGUUCUAAAAAUGAAGCCCCAGAAAAAGUUGGUGAAGCAAUUAAAAAGGACCAGAAGAAAUUGGAUCCGGAAUUGAAUGAAUUCACAGAGAGACCAACUUUUUCAUCCAAUGAGGUGGCAAAGAAGGAAACAAAGGUAAAUAUAUCAAUGGAAGAACAUGCUUCAGGGCUGGAUCAUAUUGAAACAAAGAUGGGAGAAGACUCGGGUAAGGAUGGAUAUGAGGAGCAAGGAAGCAAUCAGAUCAAGAAGCUGAAUGUUGAAGCUGAAAGCCAACAUGCACAAAACAUCGUCAACUUGGCAGGUGAAAAUAAUGGUGCAUCCAUGCUGAUUGGGCAUGAGACGUCAAAGAAUGCAGGCUGCCUUGAGACAAUACAUGAAAUUGAUAAGCAGAGUAAAAGUAUUCAUGAUGAGGAUGAAACUCAAAGGGAGAGAUCACAAGAGAACAAUGAGGUUCUUUCAAGCACAAGCAUCAACAGCAAUGUGCAGAAUAUUAACAACUCCAUAAUCCAUGACAGCUCCUGCAGGCAAGAAGAUCCUGGAGUUUGCUUGAUUUUCUCUGGCAAACCUACUGCUUUUAAACUGACGGAAAAAAACUGA